AUUAUGGAUGAAGACGUGCUAAUAUAUUGGAUUAGCAAAUGAGAGACAAAUAAAAAUAAUUGGUUGAUUCAUGCAUGAAGAUGCCGCUAGAAUAAUUAUUUGUGGCCGUCCUUGUGAGUAUAGAUUUAAAAAUUGAUAUAGCGUGUAUAUCACAUUUGCUCCUCAUAGUCGUGGUUGUCUUAUCUCUCCUUGCUCCGAUCAUCAUGGCUGAAUCUAGCAAAUCAUCGACGCCGGAAGCGAACGUGCACAUCAUCUACACCGAGAAGCCUACCAAUGAGGAACCUAAAGACUAUCAUCUACGCACACUCUCCUCCGUUCUUGGCAGUGAAAAAGCUGCUAAGGACGCAUUGGUAUACAGCUACAAGGAAGCUGCGUCUGGUUUCUCAGCUAUGCUCACCCCUGAGCAAGUCGCCAAGAUCUCCAAAAAACCAGGUGUGAUUCAAGUUGUGUCAAGCCAAACCUACCAGUCGCCCAAACCUGUUGGUGAAAGAGUUGUUGCUGCAACGUCCGAACCGAAGGUUCACAUCAUCUACACAGAGAAGCCUACCAAUGAGGAACCCAAAAAGUAUCAUCUCCGUAGACUCUCCUCCGUGCUUGGCAGGUCUUGCGGGCGUGACCGCGACGGUACUGGGCUUUAG